UUCAACCACAAGCUUCUCUUAUGACAACAAAAAAAUUAACCUUGAGAGUUCUUUCUGCAAAAUAUGAAUACUUGCUUCGUGACUAUACAUGUGAAUGCUUAGAGGUACAAAGACGUCUUGCACAAAAUCGCGAGGCUGCUCGUAAAAGCCGUUUGCGGAAGAAGGCUUAUGUUCAGCAGUUAGAAUCAAGUCGUGUGAUGCUCAUUCAGUUGGAGCAGGAGCUUGACAGAGCUAGACAACAGGGCCUGUAUAUGGGUGGUGGAGUAGAUGCUAGUCAGCUAGGUUUUGGAGGACCUACAAACCCAGGGAUUGCAACUUUUGAGAUGGAGUAUGGGCACUGGUUGGAGGAGCAAAACAGACAUAUUUGUGAUAUGAGGACUGCUUUAAACGCUCAUAUAAAUACAAGCAACAAGAGGCUUAUGUUCAGCAGUUAG